UCAUUUAUGCUAAAACAGCGCAUGAAACCGAAUACCGAGCGGCUUUAUGUGUACAAAUAUCGGAUUUGAAUAUUCCGCCGUGUGUCACAUUUCCAAAAGUUCAUCCGGCAUUUAAAGAUUAUGAAUGUGUUUUAAUUGAACCACUUCAACGAACAUUGAAAGUAGAUGAAGAAAUUCAAUUGCAAAUGAUUGUACCAAAUGCGAAAAAGAUUCAAAUUCAAAAUGGAGAUGAAAUUCUACAUUUGAAUGGAGAUGAUUAUCGAAAUGGUUUGAUUAGAAAGACAAUCCAAAUACAAGGAAAGUUGGAUGUUUAUGGACAAUGGAACAGAGGCGAAGAUUUACCGCUGUGUUCUUUCACAAAUUAA